UUCCAAGACAGCCGCGGUCCAAGGUCUGCUCCUUCUAGGUGGACAUCAGCAGAUACCUAUCAGAGCGCUGUCACUCAUUAACGCGCUGCUCGGCGUUUGGACUCUCAGUCCGCACGCUUGCUCCCGGCAAGACCAUGAAGCUUCAGGUGGGUCUUAUUGUCGCAGCGGCAGCCUUGGCCGCCGCCAGCCCCUUCAGAGAGACGAGGAACAAGCUGCUGCUGAUCUCCUUCGAUGGCUUCAGGUGGGACUAUGACCAGGAUGUGGACACGCCAAACAUGGACCGGCUGGCGGUGGAAGGCGUCAAGGCCAAAUACAUCACGCCGCCCAUGCUGACGAUGACCUCGCCGUCCCACUUCACCACCAUCACAGGCAGGUGGGUGGAGGACCAUGAAGUCGUCCACAACAUGAUGUUCAACACGAAAACAAACCAGAAGGUUCCUCACAAGGAGACGCUGACCCGAUCUGAGUGGUGGGACAACGGACCCCUGCCGUUGUGGAUCACAGCUCAGAACCAGGGCUUGAAAACCGCCUCCUUCCACUUUCCGGGCGGCGGGGCAAACUACAGCGGGCAGGGCGUCAACCGAGCGUUGGUAGAGGAGGCGGGACAUCCUGAUGACAACGAGACCGAAUGGCGGCAGAACAUCGACACGGUGCUGAGCUGGUUCUCUCAGGAGGACUUCCACCUGGUGACCUUGUACUACGGCGAGCCCGACAACGUGGGCCACGCCAAGGGGCCAGACCACCCCGACAGGCAAAAGAUCAUCCGCCAGAUCGACCGCACCAUCGGCUACCUGAGUGAGGCUAUUGCUCGCCACCGCCUGAACGACCGCCUGAACGUCAUCAUCACGUCCGACCACGGCAUGACCACCAUCAAGAAGCGCCCCCUGGUGGAUGAGAUUGUCCUCAACAAGUAUGUGAACCUGCUGAAAUUGGCCAGCUUCGAGAUCCUGGACUAUGGUGGAUUUGGGAUCCUGACGCCGAGGCCCGGCAAGGAGCAGGAAGCGCUGGAGGCGCUGUCCAAGGCGCCCAACUUGACGGUGUACAGGAAGGACGACAUGCCGGAAAGCUUCCACCUGGCCAGGAGCCGCCGCCUCCCUCCCGUCAUCGUGGUCGCCGACCUCGGAUUCAACCUUAACUCUAGAUUCAUCGUCUACGUCAACAAGGGCGACCACGGAUACCAUAACGGCGAGAUGGACAUGAAGAUGAUCUUCAGGGCUUUUGGACCAGACUUUAAGAAGAACUUCCUGUCCGAGCCCUUUGACAGCAUCCACAUCUACCCGCUCAUGUGUCAGCUGCUCAACAUCCAACCGGCGCCGCACAACGGGUCGCUGCAGGCCACCCAGGACAUGUUGCUGCGUGGCGGAGGACCUCAAAGCGUGACGCUGUCCCUGGUGACGCUCAUCUCCAUCCUCGUCGUCACGCUCCUCUAACCUCGACCCGAGGUCACACUUGCGGGUUUAAGAAGACGACCAGGAAGAUACUUCUUCAGAAUUGACCUACAAGAUUCUCUCAUUCUGAAAUCUGAUUGGGAGCUGGUUAUUUAUGUUCUUUGACAUCUUCGUGCGCCACAUUAAACAUAAAGUAGAGGGUCUUUUUUAAGUAAUUUACUGAUUUGAUUACAAAUGUAUGCAUACAUCUAUAAAGGCAGCAAGCGUGUUCCCACCAUACACAAAACUAAACUUACUCACACGUAAAUAUUAAUUGGUCAACAUUGUACAAAAAGACUUUUGUCUAUUUUCACCAUAAAACGGUGAAGUAACAGUGAACUUUGACCUCAUGGGCAGCUCAUAGUGACGUCUCUGUGUCAGCGACCCUCGCAUCUCCUCCGCCGCCCACGACAACGCUGGCAAGAUUCUCCUGGCUGGAAGAUACCAUGACAUUAUCAGUGACAUCAUCAGUUUAGUUAUAAGAGACAUCAUCGGUGAUAUGAGUGCAUUCUUUAGUGAUGUCAUUGUGACAUCAUAAAUGACAUGACGAUGACAUAGGUGACAUCAUCAGUGAACUCAUCCGUAUCAUAAAAAGUAACAUGGUGAUGACAUCAUCAAAAACUUUGUCAGUGACAUAAUCUGUAACACUACCAGUGAUGUCAUCACUGACAUCAAUUACUAAAGUGAUGUUGUCAGUGACAAUAUCAAGGAUUGCAUUGUGACGUCAUAAGUGAAAUGAUGAUUACAUUAGCGACAUCACCAGUAAUGUUGUCAGUGACAUCAUCUGUAACACUAACAGUGAUGUCAUUACUGACGUCAAUUGCAUAAGUAAUGUUGUCAUGGCCAACAUCAAGGAUAGCAUUGUGACAUCAUAAGUGAAAUGAUGAUUACAUUAGCGACAUCACCAUUAAUGUUGUCAGUGACAUCAUCUGUAACACUACCAGUGAUGUCAUUACUGACGUCAAUUGCAUAAGUGAUGUUGUCAGUGACAAUAUCAAGGAUUGCAUUGUGACAUCAUGAGUGAAAUGAUGAUUACAUUAGCGACAUCACCAGUAAUGUUGUCAGUGACAUCAUCUGUAACACUACCAGUGAUGUCAUCACUGACAUCAAUUACUAAAGUGAUGUUGUCAGUGACAAUAUCAAGGAUUGCAUUGUGACAUCAUAAGUGAAAUGAUCAUUACAUUAGCGACAUCACCAGUAAUGUUGUCAGUGACAUCAUCUGUAACACUAACAGUGAUGUCAUCACUGACAUCAAUUACUAAAGUGAUGUUGUCAGUGACAAUAUCAAGGAUUGCAUUGUGACAUCAUAAGUGAAAUGAUCAUUACAUUAGCGACAUCACCAGUAAUGUUGUCAGUGACAUCAACUGUAACACUACCAGUGAUGUCAUUACUGACGUCAAUUGCAUAAGUAAUGUUGUCAUGGCCAACAUCAAGGAUUGCAUUGUGACAUCAUAAGUGAAACGAUCAUUACAUUAGCGACAUCACCAGUAAUGUUGUCAGUGACAUCAUCUGUAACACUACCAGUGAUGUCAUCACUGACAUCAAUUGCACAAGUAAUGUUGUCAGUGACAAUAUCAAGGAUUGCAUUGUGACAUCAUAAGUGAAAUGAUGAUUACAUUAGUGACAUCACCAGUAAUGUUGUCAGUGACAUCAUCUGUAACACUACCAGUGAUGUCAUCACUGACAUCAAUUGCACAAGUAAUGUUGUCAGUGACAAUAUCAAGGAUUGCAUUGUGACAUCAUAAGUGAAAUGAUCAUUACAAUAGCAACAUCAUGCGGACUGGACACUGGCCGGGAGUGGAGUCGGCUGUCCUAGUUGCUUUGUUGGGUCUGCUCCUGUCUCUGGCCAUCCUCCCUCCACCCCAGCGGACGAUGGCGUGGAACACCGCAGAGGCCACCACAGUGGAUAUGUUUCUUUUACUUUUUAUUCAUAGCUGUAUGUAGAAGUGUCUGGUUGUAUCUGCUGCUUUAAUGUCUUUAAUGUCCUCUGUGUUCUUUGAUGUUUGAUGUUUCCCUCUUACACACAUGUAAGAGGGGUGUGUACUAUGGCUAUGAGUUGUUGUUUUUUUCCCUUGGCCUCAGUCUGCACCCCCUCUCCAGGGCCCAGGCUAAGACCGAUUUUUUUAUUUUAUUUUAAUCUUCUAUUUUUUUCUCCCCCCCUUGUUUACCUGUAUCUAAUUUUUUUUGUAAAGGGCGCUGGAAGCCGGCAGACCCGUCAGCGAUCCUGUUCUGUCUCCCUUUAAUGUUUGUCUGAUCUUGAAUGGGAUUGUGCUGAAAAUUGUAAUUUUCCUGACGGAAUAAAUAAAGUACUAUCUAAUCUAA